AUGUCAAUUACCGAGAAGGAUCUGUAUCGGGACACUCCGGUGCGCUAUCUAGGAUAUGCGAACGAGAUCGGAGAAGCGUUCCGACCGGUGAUCAAGAAGAUCUUUGUGCACGCCAGCUAUGCUGUGGCGAUUAGUUACGUACUGGCGGAUACGGCGGAUAAAUCUAAGAAGCAAUACGACAAACCCGAAAUACUUGGUGGAGGAUUUCGUGGAGCUGCCGUUGCAUCUGGAGACACUCUGCUGUGGCAAAUGUUUGCCUCGGUCAUCAUACCCGGAUUCACCAUCAACCGUAUCUGCUGGUUGUCCAAAGCUGCCUUAAAAGCUAACAAGGUAAAGGGACCGGUAGCCAAAUGGGGACCAACAAUGCUCGGUCUGCUUGCCAUUCCGUUCAUCAUCCAUCCAAUCGAUAGUGCGGUUGACUACGCGAUGGAUAACACCUACCGAAAGUAUGUUAAGUAA